AUGGGGACUGUGUGGAUGACCGCUACGCUCUACGGAGUACCUGAUGGGUCUUUCUUUACUCGGAGCAUUCUCUAUCUGUCUGAAUCUAAGUUCCUGGAUCCUCCCCACGAAACUCAGAUAUCGAGCUGCGUCCUCCCGUCGCUCGCGGGGCUCGCCCCCAUUCUUCCCGUCUACGCAACGUGUCGGACUGGGAUCGACUCGAUCUGCCUGUGA